AUGUUGGACGCGGCCUCGCCGGUAAGAACUUUGAAUUCUAAACUUCUGUAUGUGACGAAGCAUCUCAAAAUCAGUAACUACGUUAAAACCAUUACUUUUAUAGACUGCCUCAUGAAAAUAAAUGAACAUUUGGGGAGCACUGCUACACUUUUGAAGAAAGAAGAAAGGGAGAUGUGUAAUUUAUGCGGCUUGCAUGAUGAGAGUUCUCUGCAGCAGACAAUGUCCACCAUUCAAGAUACCAAACCAACAGACAUUGCUGCAAAAAGGGAACUAAAUGUCAUAGAAACAGCUACUGUUUCUGCCACAAAUGCUGAGGAAAGUCAUCAGACACACCAGGUCCUGUUAGGAAAAAAUACAACACGUGCAAGUUCAGAAUUAGUGGGGGAAGGAGACCAGGCGCCACUGAGUGGCAGUGUAAUGGGGCAAGAAGAGUCACAGCACAAAAUGUUCCCAGAUAACACAGAAAACGAAGGUGAUAAACAAAUCAAACACGUGACUGCUGAGAGCAUAAGUAGUAACAAGGAAGAGAUUCAUGGCAUAAUCCGGACAACAGAGAUAGAAAUUGAAAAGACCACGGAAAGCCCGAGGGAAGAGAUGACCACAUCCACAGUCACAUGCAGUAUCGGCAAUACACAUGUAAAUAGUUGUCUUCCCAAUGACUCAGAGAAUAUAAAGCAAAAGGAUAACAUAAUGGAAAAGGAGUACUUUGAUGUGUUGAGUGAUGGUACUGACCCCCAAGUGUCUUGCUAUAUUACAGCACCAUUAUAUGUUCUACAGCAACUCAAAUGCCGGAUAAUUAAUCACAUGAGUUCUUUAAUAGUGAGUGAUUAUGAAGAGUUGGUCAGCAACGUCAUCACUAUUGAAUGUUCAGAUGGGGAAAACAAAAUUCCAUUUCCAAUAUGCAUUGCAAUUCCUUUUACUGCACAUUAUAGGGGAAAUUACAGAGAAAUCAUGGUGAAAGUGUGUGACGUUCACCUUCAAUCAAGUUACCUAAACCCAAAUUCACUGGAAGGGGUGACAGGAAGUUCUCAGGGGAACUGUGCUGCGGUGAAAAUUUACAAGCUGGGUAUCUUUUCUGUUGUGUCUUGUUUAAAGAAGGAGUCCUUCAUAGUAACCAAGAAAGGCCUCACUUUUAAGUCGAAUGUGGAUUCCAGAAUAUCCUUAAAUUAUUCUCCAGGAGUUUUCAGCUCACCAGUGCUUAUACAAUUAAAGAUCCAACCAGUUGACCCGUCUUUGGUGGCGUAUUUGAAAGCACAGCAAGAUACUUUCUACUCAGUGCUAUCCACAAGUCCUCUGGUUCACGUUCAGCACCCAUCAACUCAUCCUUUUCAGAAGCCAGUCACUGUAUUCCUACCUUGUUCUCCACAUCCUGAUAAAAAGAAUCUUGGGUCUGAGAUAGAUCAGAAAAGAACCACUAGUACCACAACAAACAGGAUCACACCUUCAUAUUUCAACUGGACAAAAAGCACCUCCAUAAGGAAAACUGGGAAAAAUGCCUCUGAAACUUUGAAAUUACUGGGAUUCAGAAGCCAAGACAGUGGCUGGUUUGGCGUGGAUGAUGUUGUGGUGAGAGCCAUACAGAGUGGCUUGAUCUCAUUUGAACUGAAUGAACAUUUAGAGAGGUUUAUCGUGGUACACCUGUCCUCUGUUGUGGACAACAGACAUUUGGUUACUUUUGUGAGAUCCUUAGAGGAAGCCCUGCUCAGCACCACUGCCUGCAUAGUACUGUCCCACCAGAAGAACGAGCCACAUCGCAUAGCUGUUUCAGUGGUGCCUUCUAAAGACUUAAACCAGGCACUCAAGAACUUGCACUUGGAAGGGUUUGGGGGACCACCGGAGCCAUCCCAGCAUUUCCAAGUAAGAGAAGGAGAACAACUUCUUUUAAGGUUUACUGGAAAUAUAUUUGCUUCAAGCAAUGGGAAGGAUUAUGGAAAAGAUUACAAACUUAUUUUUCACUUACAAAGAAAACCCAGGCUGAAACUCCAAAUCAAAGAGGUGGAUGAAUUUGGAAACUAUAGCUGCCCUCAUUAUAAGGGCACCAUUGUUGUUUAUAAAGUACCUAAAGAGAAGAUAGUCCCCAACUUGGACCAAUCUCUUAUAAUUUAUGAAACCAGUGGAUUGCUGAUUUGCAAAUUAUCACUGAGAUUGCCAAAGCAUAAAAAAUUAAUCAACCGUCCCCAGAGUACCAAAAGAAUUUCUACAGAUCCUACAGAAGCCCUUUGGGAUAACAUGCUCCACUGGCUGGCCGAGGAGCUCUCAGAAGAAGAAGAACAGGCCGAGGCUCUGUCCUCAUCCCUCCCUCUACGCCGCAGCACCAUUCAGCUCCUCAAACUCAAGAACCCGGAUGAUCUCACAGAACAGAUCCACGAACUUCUUUGCUUCUGGAAAAAAUCGCUCCCAACUUCCACCGACAAACUGCGCCUCCUGGCCCGUCAUCUCCGCAAGAUCGGCAGGAGGGAUCUCGCAGAGGUGCUCAGAUUCAAGUGGGAAAAUAAAGUGUUCACCGAACCGCAGCAGUGGCUCCACCCGGCCGCAGAGUAGAAGGCGUCUAUCUUGCUUUGCCCUAGAAAAAGGCGCA